AUGGGCAUCUGUACGCUGGGCCGUGGGCAUCUGUACGCUGGGCCAUGGUCAUCUGUACGCUGGACUGUGGUCAUCUGUGCAUUGGGCCAUGGACGUCUGUACGCUGGACCGUGGUCAUCUGUACGCUGGGCCGUGGGCGUCUGUACGCUGGACCGUGGGCAUCUGUACGCUGGACCGUGGGCGUCUGUACGCUGGACCGUGGGCGUCUGUACGCUGGACCGUGGUCGUCUGUACGCUGGGCCGUCGGCACCUGUACGCUGGACCGUGGGCGUCUGUACGCUGGGCCGUGGGCGUCUGUACGCUGGGCCGUCGGCAUCUGUACGCUGGACCGUGGGCAUCUGUAUGCUGGACCGUGGGCAUCUGUACGCUGGACCGUGGGCAUCGGUACGCUGGACCGUGGGCAUCCAUACGCUGGACCGUGGUCAUCCGUACGCUGGGCCGUGGGCAUCUGUGCAUUGGGCCAUGGGCAUCUGUACGCUGGGCCGUGGUCGUCUGUACGCUGGACCGUGGGCAUCUGUGCAUUGGGCCAUGGGCACCUGUACGCUGGGCCGUGGUCAUCCGUACGCUGGGCCGUGGUCGUCUGUACGCUGGACCGUGGGCAUCCGUACGCUGGGCAGGGCUGAGGACGCCGUGGCAGGCCUCACUCGACACCCCAGCCGUGCGGACUUGCCUGUGCUGUCGAAGGUGGCAGUGGGGACACUGCGUUCGUGUGGGACUGCCCGCCCUCUUGCUCAGCGCCCAGGCGCCCCGCCAUGUCCUGGCCCCUCCCAGCCUCCGCAGCUGCCGGUGUCCCCUCCUGUCGUUGCAGGCGUCCGACCUCCGAUUAUGAAUGGGCCCCUGCACCCCCGGCCCCUAGUGGCCCUGCUGGACGGCCGAGACUGCACUGUGGAGAUGCCCAUCCUGAAGGACGUGGCCACUGUGGCCUUCUGUGAUGCACAGUCCACACAGGAGAUCCAUGAGAAGGUCCUGAACGAGGCAGUCGGGGCCCUGAUGUACCACACCAUCACGCUCACCAGAGAGGACCUGGAGAAGUUCAAGGCCCUGCGGAUCAUCGUCCGCAUUGGCAGCGGCUUUGACAAUAUCGACAUCAAGUCGGCCGGAGAUCUAGGCAUUGCUGUCUGCAACGUGCCGGCCGCAGCUGUGGAGGAGACGGCAGACUCGACCCUGUGCCACAUCCUGAACCUGUACCGGCGGACCACGUGGCUUCACCAGGCCCUGAGGGAGGGCACGCGUGUCCAGAGUGUCGAGCAGAUCCGGGAAGUGGCCUCUGGAGCCGCCAGGAUCCGCGGAGAGACCUUGGGCAUCAUCGGACUAGGUCGCGUGGGCCAGGCGGUGGCACUGCGGGCCAAGGCCUUCGGCUUCAACGUGCUCUUCUACGACCCGUACCUGUCGGACGGCAUCGAGCGCGCGCUGGGGCUGCAGCGGGUCAGCACCCUGCAGGACCUGCUCUUCCACAGCGACUGCGUCACCCUGCACUGUGGGCUCAACGAGCACAACCACCACCUCAUCAACGAUUGGACUGGUUUUCAGAUGAGACAAGGGGCGUUCCUGGUGAACACGGCUCGGGGCGGCCUGGUAGACGAGAAGGCCCUGGCGCAGGCCCUGAAGGAGGGGCGGAUACGUGGCGCAGCCUUGGACGUGCACGAGUCUGAGCCCUUCAGCUUCAGCCAGGGCCCCCUGAAGGAUGCACCCAACCUGAUCUGUACCCCGCAUGCCGCGUGGUACAGCGAGCAGGCCUCCAUCGAGAUGCGCGAGGAGGCAGCACGGGAGAUCCGGAGGGCCAUCACAGGCCGGAUCCCCGACAGCCUGAAAAACUGUGUCAACAAAGACCACCUGACGGCGGCCACCCACUGGGCCAGCAUGGACCCAGCCGUGGUGCACCCCGAGCUCAAUGGGGCUGCCUACAGGUACCCCCCAGGUGUGGUGGGCGUGGCCCCCACCGGCAUCCCCGCCGCUGUCGAAGGCAUCGUCCCCAGCGCCAUGUCCUUGUCCCACGGCCUGCCCCCCGUGGCCCACCCACCCCACGCCCCUUCUCCUGGCCAAACUGUCAAGCCCGAGGCGGAUAGAGACCACGCUAGUGACCAGUUGUAG